UACUGAAACAUAUGAAUUGCAAAAGAAAUGCAGGAGUAAUUUGGUGAAGAAUAUUGCCUAUGCCUUUAGUAGGAAACUCUUUAUUAUUUCAGUAAUUUGUCAGUAGUAAUUGGUUAACAAACGGAAUUAGUAAUUUAUUAAAACAAAUGUAAUUUUGAAUCUCGUUUCUGCAUAAGUUAAUCUACUUUAAACGCCUUUUCAACGAAUUAACUGAAAUAUAAGUAUUUGAAGUAAUGUCACAACAACCUUCAGAAAUGAACCAUUUUGAAGAACAAGAGUCUGUUGAAAUACCGAAUUCGAAUGGUGCAAGAAAGUCAAAACUUGCUACAAAUGGAGACACAAUUCGUUUUGCGUAUGAAAAUUUAGAAACUACUUGGGACGCAGUGGAAAAUGGCCAUAAAAUAUCUAAAAAUGGCCGAUGUUUUGGUUGGAGAAGUUCAAAAUCAAGCUAUUCCUGGAUUACUUACGAUGAAUUCAUAAAAAGAGCAGAAAAUUUUGGCUCUGGUUUAGUCAAAAUAGGAUUGAAACCAGGCCAAUCGUCAAACGUUGGAAUUUAUGCUCAAAAUUGUGUUGAGUGGGUUGUUGCACAAUUUGGAAUUUGGAGUCAAUCCGCCAUACUUAUUCCGUUAUAUGACACUCUAGGUCCAGACGCUUCUAUUUUUAUGAUUCAUCAAGCUGAAAUUGAAGUAGCGAUUUGCGAUCAAGAGCAGAAAGUACGAAACCUGAUAGACAGAAGAGACGAGCUCCCGUCAUUAAAGUACAUUGUAACGAUUCAUGUUGGAAGUGAAGAAUUAAUGAACUUUGCAAAGGAAAAAGGAAUUCAGAUAUAUUCUUUUAAUGAAAUCGAGGUCAUUGGUGAAAAGUUUCCCGCCGCAUUACUGCCUCCUCAAACAUCUGAUACUGCAAUAAUAUGUUACACAAGCGGCACAACAGGCGACCCCAAAGGAGUCAUUUUGACACACAAAAAUCUCAUGUCGGCAUGCACAAAUGUUCAUUUAAUGAUGGGAAACACAGCUCAGACAAAAGACGAUUCAGUGAUAUCCUAUCUACCUCUAGCACACAUUUUUGGACAAUUAGUUCAGCUCCUGUUUCUCAUGGUUGGUGGCAGCAUUGGUUUCUUUAGCGGAGAUAUUAAUCAGUUGGUUGAUGAUAUGAGAGUAUUGCAACCUACUUUUUUCCCGGCUGUUCCAAGAUUGCUGAACAAGUUAUAUGACAAAGCCCAAGCUUUAGUACGAAGCAAGUUAAAAUUUGACCUGUCUGGUGAUCAUUCUACCAAAGAAACUGAAUUGAAAUCUGUAUGCAAACCAUUUAUUGACAGUUUAGGAGGCAGGAUUCGUUUCAUUUUCUCCGGUGCCGCUCCUAUUUAUAAAAAUGUUCUUGAAUUUUACACAAAAAUCGUUGGUUGCACGGUUAUGGAAGUUUACGGUCAAACUGAAUGUGGAGGACCCUGUAGUUUUGUUUUGCUGGACUCAUAUUAUACUGGUAAUGUUGGCGCACCAGUUCCUUGUUGUAUUGUGAAACUUGCAGAUGUUCCGGAGAUGGGAUAUUUUUCGAAAGAUUCGAAAGGAGAGGUAUGCAUCAAAGGUCCCGCUGUAUUUAAAGGAUAUUUGAAAAACCCAAUGAAAACUGCGGAAGCACUGGACGACGACGGUUGGUUACACACGGGAGACAUUGGAAUGUGGUUACCUAAUGGCACUCUGAAAAUUAUUGACAGAAAGAAAAACAUAUUUAAACUUGCUCAAGGUGUGUACGUAGCCCCAGAAAAAAUUGAAUGUAUCUAUAGUCUUAGUCCAUUUGUUUCACAGAUAUUAGUUCAUGGAAACAGUUUAAAGAGUUACCUGGUCGCCAUUGUUAUGCCAGAAAAGGAAACUGUUCUGUCAUGGUGCAAACAAAAUUUGAAGAAAUUUGAUUCGUGGAGUGAUAUUUGUAAAGAACCCUCAGUAAGGCAACUCAUCUUUGAAGAUUUGAUGAGAAUAGGAAAAGAAGCUGGCUUGCUUUCAUUUGAACAGGUAAAAGACAUUCAUUUGCACCCUGGAGUUUUGACUUUUGAAGACGGUUUCCUUACACCGACUUCAAAAUUGAAGCGAGACGUCUGUAAGAAACACUUCACCAAAGAGAUUGCUGCAUUGUGCAACAAUAUUCAAUAAGUUUCUCUACAUGUAGGCCGAUGCAUAAAAAUGAACUUUUCUUAUCUAGUUCUUAGAAAAAGUUUUGAUUUAUUCCAGUGUUGUAUCCGAAAUUUGUAUACUAUAUCUGGAUAAUUUUUGAGUUAUGUAUCUGGAUGAGCUUUUAAUAACUAUUUAGUCGCUUCAGAAUUAUUAGUCUUUUAGUCACUAUUUAGUCUUUUUAUUCACUAUUAGUCACUAUUUAGUUUUUUUAUUCACUAUUAUUCACUAUUUAGUCUUUUUAUUCAAUAUUAGUCACUAUUUAGUUUUUUUAUUCCCUAUUUAGUCUUUUUAUUCACUAUUAUUCACUAUUUAGUCUUUUUAUUUCCUAUUAGUCACUAUUUAGUCUUUUUAUUCCAUAUUUAGUUUUUUUAUUCACUAUAAUUCACUAUUUCGUCUUUUUAUUCACUAUUAUUCACUAUUUAGUCUUUUUAUUCAAUAUUUAGUUUUUUUAUUCACUAUUAUUCACUAUUUCGUCUUUUCAUUUUUACCAUUUUUUUCUUUUUUUUAAAUUUAAAUUUUAUAAUUCAUUAGUUUAAAUAUCAUAAAAAUAUUAAAUCUAUUACCUUUCAAAAUCACUAUCAAGCGCUACCUCAUUUAGAAUUGAAAUUUAAUAAAAAGUUUAUCUAUUAAUUUUUAAUUAUGUGCUGAAAAAUUAAAAUAUCAUACUAAUGUGAACAACAAAUACAUAUACAAAUUUCUAAUACAUAAAAAAGCGAGUGAUAAGUCGAUUAGAUUUUUUUGCAUAUAGUCUUUGUCGAUUAGAUUUUUUUGCAUAUAGUCUUUUUUUGCAUAUAUAUUUAGCAUGUUAAGUUACACAAAGGAGUUGUAUACGUUUGUUUCUUUUUUCAUAUGAUGUUUUAUAUCAUGUUGUUUAAUGAAUUAUGUUUAAUAUGAUAUAUUAUGAAUAAAAAUAAAUGAAAUAUUG